AUGGGUGGUUGGAAGGGAUGGAAUGAGAUGGAAUGGAUCGGAACUGAAAUGGGUUUGAUUAGGUUGGGUUUGAUUGGGUUGUCAAUUUGGGCAAAGCAUUUGAAUGGAUGUAUAGGAAUGAUAUCGGUUGGUGUAAAGGGAGGAGAAAGGGAAAAGAGGAAACGGGAAGGAGAUCAUUUCAUAUUUCAUACUAUGUAUACGGAGGAACUUACUAGGUUGGUUGGUCAGUCGACUAGCUAA